UCCCUCCCUCCUCCGCUCCGCCUCUCCGUCCGUCUUCACGAACCCUUCGUGCGCCUCCGCCUCCGCCGCCGCCUCCCGGAGCCCCCCGUCGGCGGCUUUGAGCUCUCUGUCUGCGUCCGACCAGCCUCGGGUUAGGGUUUUCCCCCCCUCCCCUCCGUCGCGAAGCGAGCUCUCUCUCUCUCGGUCGCUUCUUCACGACAUCGUUUGUGGCUCGAUCCGUGUGGUCUGGGUCCAGCGAGCUCGCCGACCCCCUUCGCUCCCGUUGCUGCGUAGUGUCUUUCUCUCCGCUCCCGACCACGCCGCCGCCGCCGCCGCCGCCGCCGCCUCCCGGAGCCCCAUCGACAGUUCCGAUUUGUCGUCUGCGCACGACGAGCUCGGGGGAUGAAUCAAUUUGGGUGUCAAUUUCGAAUACCCAAUUUUUAACAACCGGUGGAAGCCACUAGAACAUCCAUCCAUUGUGAUUUUUGCUCCAUUGAACCUGGGUUUUGCCAAGAUUAUUGCUGCUACUCUAUUUUAAAGUCGUCACAUCAGUUGAUUCGCACGUGUAAAGUUACCGGAUGGCUGAAUCAGAGCAUGAAACUUCCCAUCUUGCACGUGUAAUGCGUGAUACGGAAAAAGAUUUUGAGUUUACAGUAGGAAUGAUUUUUUCAAAUGAACUUGAAGCAUAUCAUAAGUAUGUGGCCUAUGCAAUUGGCAAAGGAUUUGGAGUGAGGAAGGCUAAAAUGGUUAGAAAUACUAAAGGGGAAAUAAUCCGACGGACUUUUGUAUGUAACUGCGAGGGGCAUUCUGGUAGCUCAUCUGAUCAAGAAAAGAAAUAUGAAAGGUUUGAAGUUAGAUGUGGCUGUCUUGCUCGUAUCAAAUUUAAGGUUGACAAUGGUGUCUAUGAAGUCAUAGAGUAUGUUUCCGGUCAUAACCAUGCAUUUAUACCGGAAGAUCAAAAGCAUUUACUAAGAUGCGGAAAAAUGAUGUAUGAUACUUGCAAGGGUGUCUUUUCUUACACCGGCACUGGGGGGACUACGUCACAUAAGUUCUUAGCAAAUGAAGCAGGAGGAAGCAAAAACUCGGGUUUCAUCCUACAUGAUUGUCAAAAUAUUUUGCAAACAGAAAGAUCCAACGGUAUAAGUGGGGGAGAUUGUCAAAGUCUUCUGAAUCAUUUUAAUUGCAUGCAAAUGGAAAACCCAAUGUUUUCCUACGCUGUAUGGAUAGAUCAAGGUGGUAGAAUGAGAAAUUUCUUUUGGAGAGAUAGUUUGUCCAAAUUUGAUUAUGACUGUUUCGGUGAUGUGCUGGUGUUCGAUACCACGUAUCGUACCAACAAAUAUAACACGAUAUGUGCACCUUUUGCUGGGGUUAAUCACCAUGGGAAGACUACUCUGUUCGGCUGUGCAUUUUUGUCGGAUGAGACCGUGGAUUCAUUUAUUUGGUUAUUUGAGGCGUUUUUGAGGUCUAUGGGGAAUAAGGCUCCGAAAACCAUGUUCACCGAUCAAGAUCCAGCCAUGGCAAGAGCCAUUAAAACUGUGUUUCCAAAUACACGACACCGUUUAUGCACUUGGCACAUCGGUAAAAAUGCCAAUCAACACAUUCCACAUCUUUACCGCAAGCCGGGGUUUAAGGAGAAAUAUUUCUCGGUGCUUAUGUAUGGAUGCAGAUCGGAGGAUGAAUUUGAAUCUACUUGGAGGAAAAUGGAAGAGGAGUGGGGUACGGAGAAUAACAAUUGGCUUCGGAGAUUAUACGACCUUAGACAUAAAUGGAGUUCGGCUUUUGGUCGUGAUAGUUUUACAUGUGGUAUAGGAUCAAGUCAAUGGAGCGAGAGCAUCAAUAAUGUCUUUCGACAUACGCCGACCAAGACAUUGACCCUUGUAGAACUUGUCCACCACUAUGAAGAAAAACUGAAACAUAUGAAAGAAAUCGAAAGUCGAGAUGAUUUCAAUUCUCGUGGGAAGCCCAAAUUGUUGGUUAGGAACAAUGACAUCUUGACGCAUGCUGCUACAUUGUAUACCCGUGCCAUUUUUGAAAGGUUUAAUGUAGAAUUUUUACAAACUCUCUCCGAACAUAUUUCAAGUACUACAUUUGAUGGAUUGGUUUAUGUAUAUACUAUCAAGUGUGAGGGGCAUCAGCAUGAACAUGUUGUCAGAUUUGACGCGGCAGACUUUUCAGUUUCUUGUGAAUGCAAGUUAUUUGAAUCGAAGGGGUGGUUGUGUCGCCAUGCUUUGCGAGUGUUGAAUGCGCAUGUAUCAGUUACGGGCAUUCCAUCUUCCUAUAUUUUGAAAAGAUGGACUAAGGGUGCCAAACAAGGGAUUGUGAAUGUUGAAUCUCAUCAAAUGUCACCGGGUCCAUCUAGAUAUGAUCGAUUUUGCACGUUAAUGCAACUAUCUUUUGAAGUGAUGAUUUUGGGAGCCGAAGAUGAAAAUACUAUGAGAAUAGUGAUGAAGUACUUGGAAAAAGCGAAGGCUGAUAUUUUGUCAUACAAAAAAAGGGUGGUUGUGACUGAUGAUGCUAGUGACGAUGACGAUGACGAUGACGAUGACGAUGACGAUGACGACGGCGACGACGAUGAUGACGAUGAUGUGGAGGAGGAGGAGGAGGAGGAGGAGGCUUCUUUGUGUGAGAUUUCGGUAUCGCACCCCCUUCAAAGGAAAGGAAAGGGAACAAGUUGUGGAAGGCUUAAAACCUCGAGUGAGGAAAAAAAGAAAAACUCCAAGAAAGGAACACCCCCAACACGAAUAGAAAGUCGUGAGUUGGUUACCCAAGCAACACAUCAUGGAACCCAUUUCCAGAAUUAUCCGAGAAAUAUAAAUCAAAUUGGAAGCGCCUUUUAUCCUAGCAACAUUCAUGGUCCUGCAGUAAAUCUAAAUUUUCAUAAUCAGAUGCGACCACCAUAUAUCAUGCCGCCAGGGAUAAUGAAUGGAUAUUACCCAUUUCCUACUCAGAUGCAAUCACCAUACAUCAUGUCGCCAGGGAUUAUGAAUGGAUUUCCCCCAUUCACUAGUCAGAUGUUGGGGUACAAUAAUAGAUCUCAUGGAACCAUUUCGAGCCAGGGGGCAUCAAACUCUUUUCAGCAUCCUGGGAUGAACGAAUUGAACAAGGGCGAUUCCGGCUGAAUGCAUUCAGCACUGCAGCUUAUGUAAAUAUUAUGCACAGAUAAUAUGCUCAACACUAUUGCACAGCCCAUUUAUUUGGAUUUGCACGGUAUAGAAGAAUGAGGUAAUUGAUAAGAACUUCCAUGCUACUCUUUGUGGUUUCUUGGUUGAACGUGAAUGCUUUAGCAUUGAGUGUGCAGGAAAUAUAUUGGCUGAGGAGUACUGGCCUGCUUGUAAUGCUGGCUUUUAUGCAGCAUGUCAGGGAUCGUGGUUUACAGCAAAUUCUAUAAGACUGGAGAAGGUACCAUCGAGGCUAUGAAUUCAUCUGAAUGUGGAGUGGAGGUUUCCAAGGCUGAUUUUUAUCUGCGGUCACCACUCUCGAAGGAGGCAACCGCCGAAGAAGAAGCAGCAUGGACGCAGCAAGAAUGGACUGAUCGGCGCCAUUGGAAACACUCCGCUCAUCCGAAUCAACAGCCUCUCCGACGCCACUGGCUGUGAAGUAAAGUCUCGUAUUUAGCUUGUCCGUUGCUUUACUCGGCCGUUCAUUUGCUCUCUCCUUUCACUGAAGAACAAUCGAAUUUUCGAGAUUUACUUUAUAGCUUGAGACGAUAAACAUGUGUGUAAUUCUGCAGCGAGUUGUAGGUGGGUUCAUUGGCUGUUCAAAACUUUAAUCGUCUUGUGUCGAAAUGCUUUCUUAUUGGCAUGACAAUUACAAUUGAUUUGUGAACUUCCAGCCGCGAUUCCUAACUCAUUGUAAACUCUGCUGAUGCUACCUGCAAGUGCUUCAGAUUCUUGGAAAUUGCAAAUUCUUGAAUCCUGGGGGAAGAGUAACAGACGGUUGCUGUGAAAAUUUUCCGGAACUAGAUCAACUUCAUUCUUUGCAGGGAACUCCAGGUCAAGUGCCUUUGUUCUUUAACAUCUGGUUUUCAGCUGUAUUAUUAAACGGCAAACAGAAUAGGUGCUCAAUUUCGAUCAGCUGCAUAUGAAACUUUGCAUUGCAUUGGCCACUACCUCCCGCUACAACGAGGGAAGAACACCGAUCCGCAAGCAAAAGUAUCGAGCCAGU